UACAGCACUAGUAGGAGUGGUGGCCUCAGCUAAAACAACUCCACAGAUUUCAGAUGACACAUUUCUCACUCACUUCAAUCUGAGUAGUAGCAUUAUCUAAUAAUGGAGUUGAUUCAGUUCGGCUCUUCUACUUCAACCGCUCUCUCUAUUCAUCCUAUUUUCAGGAACAGCAACAAGAACAGCAGCAAUAAUUAUCAUAACAACAAAAAAUGCGGUAAGUUUCUCAAAUUGAACAAUGUUCGCAAUCCUUCUCUCUUAUCAAUCGCCGCCGCCAGAAGAGAUGAACCGGAGACCACAGUCGGCGUUGUCGAAAAACCAAACCUACGUAAAUACGAGCUAUCCCUCGGUAAUCCGGCGCCGUUUGGCGCAACUCUCAACGAAACCCGCGGCGGUGUUAAUUUCGCUAUUUACUCUUCCAAUGCCGUCUCCGCUUCUCUCUGUUUAAUCUCUCUCGACGACUUGCCUCAGAAUAGAGUGACGGAAGAGAUAGUUCUUGAUCCGGCGACGAAUAAAACGGGAGAUAUUUGGCAUGUGUUUGUGAAGGGAGAUUUUAAGGAUAUGUUAUACGGUUAUAAAUUUGAUGGAGUUUUAUCUCUUCAAGAUGGAGUUUGUUUUGAUUCUUCUAAUAUAGUGUUAGAUCCUUAUGCUAAAGCGGUUAUAAGCAGAGGAGAGUUUGGUGUUUUAGGAUCUGAUGGGAACUGCUGGCCUCAAAUGGCUGGGAUGAUACCGGUUCCUUCUCAGGAUGAGUUUGAUUGGGAAGGGGAUUUACCCUUGAAGUAUUCCCAGAAAGAUCUAGUGAUAUAUGAAAUGCAUGUUCGGGGUUUUACACAGCAUGAAUCAAGCAGAACUGAAUUUCCAGGGACAUAUCUCGGUACUGUGGAAAAGCUUGAUCACUUGAAAGAACUUGGUGUCAACUGUAUAGAGUUAAUGCCAUGCCAUGAGUUCAAUGAGCUGGAGUACUACAGCUACAAUCCUGUCUUAGGUGAUUACAAGAUGAACUUUUGGGGAUAUUCAACUAUAAAUUACUUUUCACCUAUGACUAGAUAUUCUUCUUCUGGGACUCAGAAUUGUGGCCGCGGUGCAAUCAAUGAAUUCAAGUUUCUUGUUAGAGAAGCACACAAACGAGGAAUUGAGGUGAUCAUGGAUGUCGUUUUUAAUCACACAGCUGAAGGAAAUGAAAAAGGUCCUGUCUUAUCUUUCAGAGGAGUUGAUAACAGUGUCUACUAUAUGCUUGCGCCUAAGGGCGAGUACUACAAUUAUUCAGGUUGUGGGAACACAUUCAAUUGCAACCAUCCCAUUGUGCGCCAAUUUAUAUUGGACUGCCUUAGGUAUUGGGUAUUGGAAAUGCAUGUGGAUGGAUUCCGCUUUGAUCUUGCUUCCAUUAUGACGAGGAGUAGUAGUCUUUGGGAUGCAGUCAAUGUCUUUGGGAGUCCAAUAGAAGGUGACUUGCUGACAACUGGCACACCUCUUAGCAGCCCGCCUUUGAUUGAUAUGCUAAGUAAUGAUCCAAUACUUCGUGAAGUAAAGCUUAUAGCUGAAGCAUGGGAUACUGGAGGUUUGUAUCAAGUUGGUUGCUUUCCGCAUUGGCAAAUAUGGUCAGAAUGGAAUGGAAAGUAUCGUGACGUUGUGAGGCAGUUCAUGAAGGGUACCGAUGGCUUUUCUGGGGCUUUUGCUGAAUGUUUAUGCGGGAGCCCAAAUUUAUAUCAGGAAGGAGGAAGGAAACCAUGGAACAGCAUCAACUUUGUAUGUGCACAUGAUGGUUUUACUUUGGCUGACUUGGUGACGUAUAACAACAAAAAUAAUUUGGCAAAUGGAGAAGACAAUAAUGAUGGGGAAAGUCAUAACAAUAGCUGGAACUGUGGACAGGAAGGAGAGUUUGCAAGCAUUUCAGUGAAGAAAUUGAGGAGACGGCAAAUGCGGAAUUUCUUUGUCUGUCUAAUGGUUUCACAAGGUGUUCCAAUGAUAUACAUGGGGGAUGAAUAUGGCCAUACCAAAGGAGGAAACAACAAUACAUAUUGUCAUGAUAAUUAUAUCAACUACUUUCGGUGGGAUAAAAAGGAAGAAUUCUCAUCAGACUUCUAUAGAUUUUGCUGCCUGAUGACCAAGUUCCGACGUGAAUGUGAGUCCCUUGGUUUACAUGAUUUCCCUACUGCAGAGAGGUUACAAUGGCAUGGCCUUUUUCCUGGAGUUCCAGAUUGGUCUGAAUCUAGCAGAUAUGUGGCUUUUACCCUGAUUGACUCCGUGAAGCAAGAGAUUUAUGUUGCCUUCAAUGCUAGUCAUAUACCCAUCACUAUCACUCUGCCGGAACGCCCCGGAUACAGAUGGGAGCCUCUGGUAGAUACUGGGAAGGCUGCUCCGUUCGACUUUCUGUCCAGCGAUGUUCCCGAUAGAGACAUUGCGGUUAAACAGUAUGCUCACUUUCUUGAUGCCAAUUUAUACCCUAUGCUUAGUUAUUCUUCCAUCAUUCUCACCCUUUCUCCUGAUCAUAUUGCUUAGCUUUAAGAACACCAAAAUGUUUAGUUUGUAUAUAUUUUCAAUUUAUAGGAAAUUGUAAGUCUCACAAUGUAUAAUUCAAAGAUAGUCUCUUUAAACAUGUCAUGUGCCCAUGUGGGACACUACUUGCCACAUCAGAAAAGGUUUAUUUUUUUAUCUAUAUAAUUUAUUUAAAUAUAAUCUAAAAUUAUGAGA